AUGAAGACCCGAUCGGCAGAUAUUUUUGGGCGCUCGGGCUAUAUUUUCCCUAUGUUUUCUUCACAAUAUUGAGAGACGUAAUUUUUGCUAUGACGUUGAUGUUGAGGGCGCGGCAAAAGAAGAUAAGGAUCGGAAGAGGCUACGAUAAGAAUAUUUUUUUGCGCUUGGCGGCGGGAGAAGUUCCCUCCCUCCCCACCGAGUUUAAAUCUACUUUUCACCUCCAUUUGGCAAAAACACAUCAUCAUUAGCAUCUGGAAUCGAAAGCCAGACUACUUAUAAUCAACGUGCAAGAUGAAAUUACUCACUGUCAAUUUUCUGACAUGCGCGGUCAAGGCUUGCAAAGGAUCCCCUGCCGCAUUUCCGCUCCAUUUCCGAGAAGUUGAGCUUGAGCUACAGGACGUUGAUUUCCAGCCAGAGUUCAUACGAAAUAUCAUUACCCGAGUCGACUGGGAGGGGCUUCAUAAGAUGGCAAAUGAGCUCAACUUUCCCAACAUCCCGGAGAUCAAACCCGAGGGCGAGGCGCUUGAAAAUGAACAGCUUUUGAAGGACCUCCAUAGACUGCUAUUGGAGACACAGGUCGCUGAAGGCAAGCUGAUUUGUGGAAACUGUGGCCACGAAUACAUGAUCAAAGAGGGCAUCGCGAAUUUUCUGCUUCCCAGUCAUUUAGUCUGAUGACGUCUGUCUUUUAAUCCCCUACCCCUUCGCACUUUAAUGUUCAAUCACAUACGGGCCAUGUGGUAUAAAACAUCAGCGUCUAGCCUAGAUGCUUUUGACGAGGUUGCUCUUAAUCCACCUUACGCCAAUAAUUCAUGCAAAGUCUAUCCGAAC